UAACUCCACUCGAGCUAACUUCUGGGAGGUUCCAGGAUUCGCCAAUCUCGAUGGCUCCCCCCGCUCGAAACACUGUUAUUUUGGCUUUGAUUUUGUGUCUGACAGCGCGAGGACAUUCGCUCCUUGAUUGUGGAGACGGAAUGAUCGAUUUGAGAUGGACGAUGUCCCUCCGAUUCGACGCUGCGAGGAGUUGGCAAUUGCGGUGUGAGGGAGCCUCAUGCCAGGAUCCUGCAGCUCGAGUAUCUUCCGUCGAAUGCCGCAACCUCAAGUAUGGCAUCAUGUCUAUAACUGAGGCCAACACGUGUUCUACCGUGUUGAAGGGAUCAGGUUUACAGGUAGGAAAAUCUCGAAUAGCGUGUCCGGAAAGCGUUGACUAUUGUGUCCAAAAGGACUCCUGUACAUUCGUCUACGAACCGACGCCGAGCUCAUCGAAUGGUGGCGCUAUUGGAGGAAGUAUCGGGGGAUUUGUGACUUUUCUCUUAAUGAUGUAUUGCAUUUGGUGGUGUUGCUGUAGAAAGCGCGUGGAAGUUCGUGAAACGGUCGUCGUCCAACGAGUGCAUGAGAGUACUCGCACUCCACCAUCACAAGCAGCCGCAUCGCCCCCAGCGCAGCAGAUCAACAUUACGAUGCAAGCACCCCCCGUGAUUCAGAACAUGGGUCAACAAGCCAUGCCGUCCCAAAUGCAAGGGCCGCAGUACCAUCCGCCUCCACCGCAAGGGCCGCAGUACCAUCAGCCCCCACCGCAAGGGCCGCAGUACCAUCCGCCUCAACCACAAGAGCCGCAGUACCAUCCGCCUCAACCACAGGGGCUGUACUACCCUCCGCCUCCACCGCAAGGGCCGCAGUACCCUCCGUCUGCGCCUUAUAACCCUAAUUACGCUCCGCAAUAG